AUGGCUGAGGGAACCAGGCAAGCCCACAUGAAUGAAAUGCUAGCAGCUUUGAAAGGAGAGAACGAGAUCCUGCGGGAAGAGCAACAAAGACAGAAGGGUAUGUUAGAAGCAGUUCUACAACAGCUCAACAAUUUGGCUUCAACUUAUGAGCAAAUGGUGAUAAAGACAGGGAAAUCAAAUUUGGGAGAAGGUUCCUUCAAUACAAAGGUCAGUGCUAAUCCUUUAUUUGAGAAUAAUGGAGGGAUACAAGCUAGAUCUCUUAGGCUUGAAUUUCCUAGAUUUGAUGGAACUGAUUCUAUUCAAUGGGUUUUAAAAGCAAAUCAAUUCUUCUCUUACUAUGACAUCCCAGAUAACCAAAAGAUUCAAAUAGCCUUCUUCCAUAUGGAAGGAAAGGCCUUAUCUUGGUUUACAUGGCUUAAGGAAUCUAGUCCAAUAAACACUUGGGAUGAGUUUACUAGUGCUUUAGAAAUCAGAUUUGGACCCUCUGCUUAUGAGGAUCCCGUGGGGCAAUUUACUAAACUAAAGCAAUCUGGUACAGUAGAAGAAUAUCAAACCCAAUUUGAGGAAUUAUCCAACAAAAUUAAAGGAUUAACAGAAGAGUUUAGGAUAAGUACAUUUUUGAGUGGUUUGAGGGAAGAUCUCAGGAUAAUGGUAACCAUGUUUAAACCAAACACUUUACAUGCUGCCUUUGGUUUAGCUAAGCUACAAGAGGAGGAAGUAAUAAGGAGAAAUUCACCCUACAAACCGAGAAACAAUUUCCCUACCUACACCACCAACCAAACUCCUAAGCUAGCCCCCUCAGCACCUCUACUAAGACUACCACCACCACCACCACCCAAAAACAACAACAGCUACCAAAACACCAACCCUAGAUUUCCCAAAAACAACCGAAGGCCAACCAUUCUCAUCCAAAUAAUAUCCCCUAGUCAAAUGCAAGAGAGAAGAGCAAAAGGUCUUUGUUAUUAUUGUGAUGAGAGGUUCCAGCCAGGCCAUAAGUGCAAUAAACCCAAACUCUUUCUGUUAGAAGGGAUGAAGAUAGAGGAAAUUGAGGAUGAGGAGAUAGAUGAAUCCAUGGCUAUCCUUAAUUCAGAAGAACCCAAAGAGGGAGAGGAAGAAAAAGGGGAACUUUUAGGGAUUUCAUUGCAUGCCUUAGCAGGGGCUUAUGCUCCUAAGACCAUGAGAAUAGCGGGAGUCAUCAAUAAAAUUAGUGUGAUUACUCUCAUUGACACAGGGAGUACACAUAGUUUUAUUGAUCCAAAUGUAGCAAGGAAGGCUAAACUGAUUGUUGAGGAUACAAAACAAUUAGUCAAGUUGGCUGAUGGAUCAACCCAUCCUUGCCUUGGUUUCGGUAAGGCUGCCCCACUCCAACUACAAAGUCUAGAAGUUACUCAUAGUUUAUACUUACUAACUUUGGGAGGUUGUGAUGCUGUUUUAGGGCUGGAUUGGCUCAAAACAUUGGGAACUAUAGUGUGGAACUUUAAUGACCUAAUUAUGAGUUUUACACUAGGGAAUGACACUGCCAUCCUAAGAGGAAUACAACUACCCAGUAGAGUAGUUGAGGAGGCUGAGUAUGUGGAAACUCUAAAAGGGAAUUCUGCUAAGGGAGUUUGGGUUCAGUUUUUGGAAGGAAAAAAUUCAGAGGCUAAUGGGUCCAUACCAGUGGCUGUGCAAGGGAUUCUUGAUCAAUUUCAACCUGUUUUCGAGGAACCCAGUGGCUUACCCCCACCAAGGAGUCAUGACCAUAAGAUAACCCUUUUACCAGGUUCUAAACCUACUUGUGUAAGACCCUAUAGAUAUCCCUACUACCAAAAGGAAGAAAUUGAAAAGUUGGUAGUUCAGAUGUUAAGAGAAGGAAUUAUCAGGGGCAGCCAAAGCCCAUACUCGUCACCAGUUUUAUUGGUAAGGAAAGCUGAUGGAGGUUGGAGAAUGUGUGUGGAUUAUCGUGCUCUUAACAAAGACACUAUUAAAGAUAAAUACCCCAUACCCAACAUUGAUGAACUUUUAGAUGAAUUACAUGGGGCUCAAGUUUUUUCUAAGCUGGAUCUGCACUCUGGUUAUCACCAGAUUCGAAUGAACCCUGAAGAUAUUCCAAAAACAGCUUUCAGGACACAUGAGGGUCACUAUGAGUUCUUAGUUAUGUCCUUUGGAUUGACUAAUGCGCCUUCUACUUUUCAGGGGUUAAUGAAUCAAGUGUUUAGACCCUUUUUAAGAAAAUUUGUCUUGGUAUUUUUUGAUGACAUUCUGGUUUACAGUAAAAGUCUGCAGGAUCAUUUAGCACAUUUAAAAACUGUUUUAGAAGUUAUGAAAACUCAUCAGUUUUUUGCUAAGGCCUCAAAGUGUGUCUUCGGAAGCAAAGAAGUGGAGUACCUUGGGCACAUCAUUUCUAGUGAAGGUGUGAAGGCUGAUCCUCAGAAAAUUGCAGCCAUGCAGGAGUGGAAGGAACCUAAGAAUCUCAAGGCAUUAAGAGGAUUUUUAGGACUCACAGGGUAUUACAGAAAGUUUGUGCAAAAUUAUGGAAAGAUUCCUGCCCCUUUGACAGCCCUACUAAAAAAGGAUGCUUUUUGCUGGAAUGAAAAGGCUCAGUAA